CGUCUAUUAUGCGUAGAAACAUAUGUACGUUAUGGAUGUUUUAUUGUAAUGCUCGCAUCGAAAUACAUAUAUUUAAAAAAUAAAAAUGUUACCUCCGUUAGAAAGAAUAGCUUAUCAAAUAGGAUAUUUAGUUUUAAAUAGCGAUGGAGCUGUAUUGGAAUCUGGUGGAGAAUUGGAAAAUGAUGAAAGAAGUGCAAACAUAAUUAUGGGAAUGAUACAAAUAGCGGAAAGCGUCGAUGAAGAGUUUAUGCCAGAAAAUGGAUGUGAACGUAUUUCGAUAGUUUAUGAUGAUCACAGCUACACAAUAUGUAUGUCAAAUCGCAAAAUUAUUGUUGUAAAACGCAAACAUACAAAUUAUAUACCAUCAGCCGAUAAUGAAGUAAAUAAUCUGCUUGUUUAAAUAUAUAAUUUUUUUUCUGCACUAACUUUUAAUUACUUAAAAUUAUUAUAAUUAUGCAUACAAUAUUGCUUUAAUUCUAAAAAUAAAAGAAAAUGUACAUACAUAAAUAAAUAUUUAAUUUUAUUUAAAAUAAAAA